AUGUCAACCAACGGCCCGAGGAAGCGAAAGGUCGAUGCUGCCAAUGGAGCAACUGUCAACGGCGAAGUCGUCAAUGGAGGAUGGGAUGAGCUGCCCCACAACCUGGGCACUGUCGCUGCGGAUGUCGAAGACCAGAAACCAAAAAGGCCUCGAGCCCGAAGAGUAAUUAAGGAGGUUGUUGACACGUCCCAAGCUGUACAAGUCCAGGCGGACAAACUCAUUGAAGGAAAUGAAAUUCUUAAGACGGCCAAAAAUCCAAAGAAGCAUAAAUAUGGACUUACCCCUGGAGUAACUCCGUAUCCAGAUUUCCUAAUGCCCACUCCUGAAGCAUGCCUGGAAGUGAAAAAUCUUCUUUCUGGGUUACACGGUGUCGUUGAACAGCCAAAGGCAGUCCCACCCCCUUCUCUCGAGGUGACUGGCUGUGGAGAGGUUCCAUCUGUCCUUGAUGCACUCAUUCGGACGCGCCUCAGUGCAGCAACAACUAGCACAAACUCAGCAUAUGCAUUUGCGGGUCUAGUUUCCAAGUUUGGAAUCCUCAAGGAGGGAAUCGGAAAAGGCAGCGUAAACUGGAACAAGGUUCGCGAAGCCGACGUCAAGGAGGUAGAGGCUGCCAUCAAGCGGGGUGGUCUAGGAAAGUCGAAGAGCAUAGACAUCAAAAAGAUUCUCGACAUGGUUCAUGACGAAAAUAUGGCCCGUCGUGAAGCGUUCCUCAAAGAAAGGGAGAGCGGCGUAAAAUCUGAUGUUGUCGGUGGUGAAAGCUUUAAGCAGGGACAGAAAGACAUGGAGAUCGCGGUCGCAGACAAAGAAAUUCUUUCACUGCAGUAUAUGCACGGCCUGACCCCAGAUGAGGCAAUGGAAGAGUUCAUCAAGUACCCUGGAAUAGGAGUUAAGACAGCCUCCUGUGUCAUACUUUUCUGUCUCCGACGUCCAAGCUUUGCAGUCGAUACUCAUAUAUUCCGGCUCUGCAGAUGGCUGAAAUGGAUCCCCGAAAAGGCCACUAGAGACUCAGCUUUCAGUCACUGUGAGGUUCGCGUUCCCAAUGAGUACAAAUACAGCCUUCACCGGCUCUUUAUUCGACACGGUAAAACUUGCGGCCGCUGCAGAGCCUCGACUUCGGAGACGAGCGAAGCUUGGAAGGAAACGGUUUGCCCUAUUGACCACCUUGUUGAGAGGACUGGCUUGCGGAAGAUUCUCAAACCUACGGGUAAGAUGAAGAAGAAGAAGAACGCGAGCGAGGAGGACAUUGAUUCUGAGUUGAGCGAGCUUGACGGGGAGAUAUUUGGUGGUUAUACAUGGAAUGGGACCGAGGUAACUCCAGAGGUGGAAGAAGAAAAGUAA